AAGCGGUCGACGAGGUUAGUCGGGAGUGCCAGCAGUUUUCUGCACAAACAUGAGGUACUUUGUACUUCUCUACACUGUCCUAUUGGUCACGCUGAUUUCCACAAUUCCCACAGCUUUUGCCAGUGUUCGAGUGAAACGUCAGUACUACGGAAUGUACGGUAUGUAUCCGUACGGAGGCGGUAUGUACAACCCUUACACCUUCAACUAUCCCCUAUAUGGAUAUCAAUAUCGGAACGGUCUUGGUGGUUUCGGCUAUGGUAUGAAUGGCAUGUACGGUAUGAAUGGCAUGUAUGGUUUGGGUGGCUUGGGUUACGGUGGCCUUGGUGGACUUGGUUACGGAAUGUAUGGAAAGUAAAGGAAGUUUUGGUAGAUCUUGUAUUUUUACACUUUCGUUUUUUCUUUGACAUGAAGCAUUUACUGUGUACUCAAAUGGAAUAAAAGUUUAUAACAG